UGACAGUCAGGGGUGUGGCCUUCUCUGUUUCAACACUGUUUCCGUUUCAACAAAGGAAAAUGACACAUGCCAUGCCUUUAUCUUUUCUGUUUCCCCCAACUUCUGACAAAAAGAGAGGUAUAUAUAAUCCCACACAAGCAAACCCUGUAUAUAUUCACACUAACACCUGACAAUGCACAACAGAGUUCGGGGUUGAGCUAUAACCUGAGAACUUGAUAAAGCAGUACAUGCAAAGAGGUACCAUUGGCAACUUAUCAACAAUUAAAUACCUACCUAGAGCGUAAGACAGAAAUAUUGGACAAACACAAACUUCUUUGAGAUAUUGCAUGGAAGAUUUGCAAAACCAGCUUGGAGUCACACAAGAAGACUGAUUGGAUUUUUGACUCCAGACAAAGAACUUCACAGCAACACACAGCCAAGAGGAAGAACUGCUCCACAAAGAUGGUGACUUUAUUCUUGCCUCCUCGUCCUGCCCUGUUGUUCUUAGUCCUCAUGAGUGUGACUCUGAUGACUUCUGCUUUUCCCCAGCCUCAACUUCGACCUCUGCAAAGUAACUUGCCUGCUAUUGGUCAAGAGGAUUCCAAAGGUGAACAGUGGGAAGUGCUGUACCCCUCCAUCUCACUCCGUGAUUGGAGCAUUCAGAUGCUGACCGCCCCAGAUUUUGGUGCAGCUAAGGCUGGGGCAGAACAGCUGGUGGGGGAAAAUUGGUUUCCGCUCAGUCAGUCGCAGAUGGAGGAGGAGCUGGUGAAGGGCUGGCCGGGCAACUGGCCUUCAAGGCUGGGUCACAAGCAGAAGAGAAACAUAGUGGUAGCAGAUGACGCUGCAUUUAGAGAGAAGAGUAAGCUUUUGACAGCAAUGGAAAGACAGAAAUGGCUCAAUUCCUAUAUGCAGAAACUCUUAGUAGUUAAUUCCAAGUAA